UUUUCUACAGUCGACUCAAUUACCACCGUCUGAUGCAAAUCGCACGGCACCGCCGCUAGAGUGUGCACAGGCUAAAACCAACACGCGCGCAACACAAAAAGCACAAAGGGACACCGUUUCUGUUCUUUCAAAAUGUCUGAGGCUGAGCCCAUAUAAAAUAAAAUCCGGACUUGUUGGAUUUUGUGUUUAGUAAUUAGUGGUAAAAUAGCUCCCAUCAAAGGGUCUCUUCUGUACGGCUUCAUUUCAUUACUUAUCUUCUUCUUCUCUCUGAAACUCAGAGCUCUGACCUUAACCAACUUAUUUAUUGCCUUUCACCGUAACGGCCCUUCUGAGAUUUCAAGACUCGACCAUUUUCGUUGUAAUUGCAAGGAUUUGUGUAUCUUGAGAGUUAGUAAUAGUUGAGAAGAUUAUUUGUCUGCUAUGAAAAUCAAGUUGCUGUAGAGACUAAUUAUUAAGAGGUUCAUAUUGAGAGCGUUGUUUUUAUCGCUACCAUUUGGUGCAAGAAAAAGCAGGCAAAAUGAUAAACAAGCCACUUGUUUUGACGUAUCUGUACUUGUUGAUCUACAUAUUGCUUUCAUCAGGAGUUAUAUUAUACAACAAGUGGGUACUUUCUCCAAAAUACUUCAAUUUUCCGUUACCUAUAACGCUUACUAUGAUUCAUAUGGGAUUUUCUGGACUUGUAGCGUUUAUUCUUGUUCGUGUAUUUAAGGUUGUUUCUCCUGUUAAAAUGACGUUUGAAAUAUAUGCUACGUGUGUGAUACCAAUCAGUGCCUUCUUUGCAUCAAGUCUUUGGUUUGGUAACACUGCUUACUUGCACAUCUCAGUGGCAUUCAUCCAGAUGCUCAAAGCUCUAAUGCCAGUGGCUACAUUUAUCAUGGCUGUUUUGUGUGGUACUGAUAAAGCAAGGUUGGACGUGUUCUUGAACAUGGUGCUGGUCAGUGUUGGAGUUGUCAUUUCCUCAUAUGGGGAAAUUCAUUUUAAUAUAGUUGGCACAGUUUACCAGGUCACUGGCAUCUUUGCCGAAGCUCUUAGGCUGGUUUUAACUCAAGUCCUGUUACAAAAGAAGGGCUUGACUCUAAAUCCUAUCACCAGCUUAUAUUACAUAGCUCCAUGCAGUUUUGUGUUUCUUUUUGUGCCCUGGUACUUACUGGAGCAGCCGGUGAUGGAAGUUUCACAGAUUCAGUUCAACUUCUGGAUCUUUUUCUCCAAUGCUCUAUGCGCUUUGGCAUUGAACUUCUCCAUAUUCCUAGUGAUUGGAAGAACAGGAGCAGUUACCAUAAGGGUUUCUGGUGUUCUAAAAGACUGGAUACUGAUAGCACUUUCUACUGUUAUAUUUCCCGAAUCCAUGAUAACUGGACUAAAUAUAAUUGGCUAUGCAAUUGCAUUAUGUGGUGUUGUAAUGUACAACUACAUAAAGGUGAAGGAUACCCGUGCGUCUCAACUGCCUCCUGAGAGUCUUCCAGAGAGAAUGGCAAAGGAUUGGAAGUUGGAGAAGAAGUCAUCCGAUAUAUUCAAUCCAAAUAACAACAACGAUAACAGCGGAGGGAAUAUUAUUGCCUCUGAAUCCAAUUUAGAUGAAGAAGCACCUCUAAUUGCAUCAUCAAGGUUAUCUCAUAUCGGACGCACACAGGUUAGCAACUAUUCUUCAUGAUCUGUGAACCAACUAUACAGAUCUAAUGUUUGAGAUUAUAUCAUGAGGCAAAUUUUGAGUGUAUUCAAGGGAAGAUAUUUGUUUUAGUGAAUGAAUCUUCACAUUCAUGGUGAAGAACAAUUGAUGCAUGUGCUCGCAAGAUUUUCCUGCUGGGGUAAAAAGGGGCAAAAAUGGGCUUACAACCCAUAAUCGGGUGAACAAGAUCACAAAUACAUUGUCAAGGCAAUUUUUUGGAAUUUUUUUUUUUCCUUGGAGUAAGAAUUUCAAACAAGUGAUUGAUAGGAUUUACCAGUUAAACAGAGUCAUAGUUGUCCACAACGGUUGUUUUGUAGUCUGAAAAUCCGUUGGCUAUUGUAUUUAUGGAUAUUUGAUCUGCCGAUUUCCAGGUAGCUAUUGUGGAA